UUCCCCCAGCGCUACUCCUUCCGGGGCUGAAGUUACCAUGGCGGCAGCCUUGGCUCGGCUGGGGCUCCGGUCGGUUAAGCAGGUUCGAGUUCAGUUUUGCCCGUUUGAGAAGAACGUGGAGUCGACGAGGACCUUCCUGCAGGCGGUAAGCAGCGAGAAGGUCCGAGCCACUAACCUCAACUGCUCUGUGAUCGCCGACGUGAGGCACGACGGCUCCGAUCCCUGCGUGGACGUGCUGUUCGGAGAUGGGCAUCGGCUGAUUAUGCGCAGCACCCACCUUACCGCCCAGGAAAUGUUAACUGCCUUCGCAUCCCACAUCCAGACCAGGAACGCAGCAGCCGCAGCCGCAGCCGCCGCCGCAGCAGCAGCAUCUGCACCCAUCGCAGACAAGCCCGGCCUGGGUACCCGGCGCUGACAGUGGAGAAGCGACCAAGAACCCAGUAUUAGCUUGGGACUAGGGUAGUUGUCUCAGAAGAGCUGGGCUUAAGUCGCUACCUGGAGGAGAUGGAGCCAUUUACAGUGCCUCCAAGGCAAGGAAUGGGGUGGUGAGGGAUCUGGACAAACUUGAAAUUUUUUCACUUUCUUACCAUCUCACCCUUUUACCACUUUUGAAUUUGGCUUCAUCCUUCACAGUUACCUUUAAUUAUAUUUACCAAACAGAC